AUGUGGCAGCACCAACAAGCAGAGCAAGAGGCACAACGACGAUAUCAAUCCAACAACAUCAAUGAACGACUCCAAGAACUACCACCAUUGCCUCCUCAUCACGACCAUCAACGUGUCACAUUGCAUCGAAGAGAGAGUGGCUUUUAUCCACAACGACACCAACAACAACAAUUAACCGAUUCAACACUCUAUCAAUCAAGCAACAACACAGCUCUACACUAUCCAACCCUUCCUACCACUGCUACUACUAGCAGCAUCCGCCAUUCAACAAACCCAAUUUCUCCUCCCUCUAGUUCUAGUGAACAUCACCAUAAUUACUCCAUGCCAAUACGUACCACCUAUCCACAACAAGCUUUUCAGGACUCUCACCCUCCCAUUCUUCCUCCCAUUAGUACACUUACCUCUUCCCCUCCACAUGAUCAUCACUACCAACAACAACAUGUCUCAACAAUGAACAAUCCCUUCUCAUAUCCCUCGCAAGAUGUGUCGGCAACAAUGUCCUCAUCAUCAUCAUACAACUCCUUCUCAAGAAAAAGCUUUCCUCCACACCAAGACCUUCUUGCAACCCAACAUGGAGUGUCAACCAGCAACCAAUUUUAUACAACACGAGAGAUGGUCACAACACGAAAUGAAGGCCAUCGAGCGGAUAGCAUGUGUGUGCCUUCGUCGUCAUCCUAUCAACAUUUGAGUUUUGCAUCACAACAACAACACACGGUUGUAUACAACCAUCAAAAUCAUCCAUGCUAUGACUCAUCCACUCAUGCGUUGGGACAAGAUCGAAUUAGCAUCACUCCGCCUUCGAGCACAACUAGUGCUUCCCAUCCUGCAACAACAACCAGUACGAGUACAUCUACAACAGACUUGAUAGUCAACAACACUAACAGUCACAACAUGGGACCAACAUGUGGUACAGAUUCAUCCUUUCAAACUCCAUCUUUUUUGGAGAACAACACAUGUGUUCAUGCAUCAUCGACAACACAUGCACCAUCCACAUGUAGAACACAUCAAAAAUCAAAGAGAAAAAGCAGGUCUGCCCCGUCAUCGGAGUCACAAACGAAUUGGACCUUUCAUGCACAUGCGAGGUCUGACACCACAGAUGCGUCCUUUGUCUUAAAUCCCGAUUCAAAUUUCACGGCACCUGUGGUAAAACCUCAUGAAAGAAUUAGUGUUGCAUGCUCGGAGUGCAGAAAGGCGAAAAAAAGGUGCAGUGGUGGACGACCAUGCGACAGGUGUGCGUCAAUGGGAAAACAAUGCAAAGAUGAGCACAGUGGGAAAAAAAGAGGAAGAAAAAAGAAAGAAAGUUCAGAAAGUGUGCAGGAGAAAAAUUCAACUAGUGACGAUGGAAAUAGAAAACAUGUUAAAACAAGUGAUUCAAGUAUUGGAACAGAGUCAUUAUCUUCAGAAACAACCUCAAGCAAAAAUGACGUAGCAUCUCCCUUUAAUUCAUCCAAUUUAUCAAAUCUGGAUAAUGAAAAAGAAGAAGAAAGGAAAACCUUCCAAGAAGAAACUCCAAAUUUUAACAAACAUUUGGAGGAAUAA